UUCCCUUCUAUUCCUUUGUCCCUUUCCACAACAGUGUCUCAUCCUAGCUAGCUAGCUUUGACCAUUUUCUAGACACUCUCUUCUCCCUCUCCCUCUCCAUGGACUCCCACAACGGCCAAGCUCCUGCUCACCGCUGCGGCGAGGGCGAGCCAACGACGGCGAGGUCGCGGUGGGCGCCGAAGCCGGAGCAGAUCCUGAUCCUGGAGUCCAUCUUCAACAGUGGCAUGGUGAACCCGGCCAAGGACGAGACGGCGCGCAUCCGCCGCCUCCUCGAGCGCUUCGGCGCCGUCCGCGACGCCAACGUCUUCUACUGGUUCCAGAACCGCCGCUCCCGCUCCCGCCGCCGCGCCCGCCAGCUCCAGCAGGCCUGCGGCGCUGCCCAGCUCCCUACUGCCCCCGUCGCCGGCCACUGCAACGGCGUCAACGACACUUCCCCCUUCGUCAUGCACGGGCACCGCCAGGGGCGCGGUGGAGUGGCCACGGCCACGCCUGUGCCGUCCGCCGCCGCCGCCCCUCACCUCUUCGCUGACGACGUCGACAGCGGUGACGACCUCUUCGCCAUCUCCCGGCAAAUAGGGCUCAUGUCGCGCGGCGGCGACCACCGUUGCGGCUACACGGACACGGCCAACGACGCCUCCCAGCUGAGCUACCAACUAAGCGGGACGUCUAUCCAGGUGUUCAUCAACGGCGCGGUGUAUGAGGUGCCGGGCGCCGGCGCAUUGCUGGACUUGGCAGGCACGUUUGGGCGUGACGCGAUGCUGGUGCACUCCUCCGGCGAGAUCCUGCCGGUGAACGAGCAAGGCAUCCUCAUGAAGAGCUUGCAGAUGGGGGAGUGCUACUACCUGGUUUCGAGAUCGACUUAA